AUGAAGCUCCCUGCUCAGAAGGUGGAAGUAAGCAAGAAAAUCUCCACUGCUGGAGGCUACCAAAUUAUGACCAUGAAUAAAUACUGGCUGGUGGCAAGUGUGGAGCAAAGGACCCACCAUGGGUCAUGGAAAACCCUCUGGAACUACGACACGGGUUUUAUGGCAACCAAAGUGCUGCCAGAGAAAGCCUGCUACAUUUCCAUCAUGAACAGGACCGAGAUGCCCAGCUUUGAUGCACUUCCCCAGCUGGCUGCAGAGAGCAGGAAACACAACCGUCCAAGACCACCUGCAAAGGAGAUUCUGUUCACCCUCAUCAAGAGGAAUGUCCGGGACCUCGAGUCUUAUGGACCAGACACCUUCUCCAUGUGCAGAGGACUUACAACUUACGUGGCUUAUGAAGUUCAGGGACCACCACUCAGCCUCAGAUCAUGCAUUAGGCUUGAUGCCCUUCAGUAUUUGGCCCUUACCUACUGUCACGACAAUAACUAUGCCUGAAAAUGAUCCUGUUCUUGAGCCUUGUGUGGAUGUUCCAGCUGCAGCUUUGGAGCUGCUGCCCAAAGCCAACCCCAGUGCCCUUCUUCCCUGGCAUCUCCCCUUUCCAGCGAUUCCUCCUUGAGGAUUCAGAUCC